GCUCAGAUAGGAGAACUAGGAAACAACAAUCAGCUAUCAGCACUUAGCACAUAACAGUUAGCCCUGCGGUUACACAGAGGGAAACAUGGUGGCCGCUCUGGUGCUCUUUAUUUUAACGGUGGGUUCGGUCUGCGGACAAGCGGCAGCAGAAAAAAAGCUACUUUAUGUCACUGUGUUGUUUCGGCAUGGUGACAGAUCACCGAUCAAAGCCUAUCCUACUGACCCAUACCAGGAGAGCGCCUGGCCACAAGGCUUUGGACAGUUAUCACAGGUGGGCAUGCAGCAGCACUUUGACCUGGGCCAGUUUCUCAGGAAACGAUACACAGGAUUCCUCAACGAAUCCUAUGACAGACACGAGAUCUCGGUCCGCAGCACAGACUACGAUCGCACCCUGAUGAGCGCUGAGGCCAACCUGGCAGGUCUCUACCCCCCCAGCGGUGAACAGGUCUUCAAUCCCAACCUGAAGUGGCAGCCGAUACCUGUACACACUGUGCCGCAAAGCGAAGAAAGGCUUCUCUCGUUCCCUCUGGGAGACUGUCCUCGCUACAAACAGCUGAUGAAUGAGACUGAACACACAGAGGAAUUUCUGAAUGUUACCAGUACAUACCAGGACAUCAUAGAGCUGGUGAGGAGUAAAACAGGACUGAAUAAGACCAAUGUGGAGUCAGUGUGGAGUGUGUACGACACACUGUACUGUGAGUCUGUUCACAACAAGACAGCUCCUGACUGGGUGACUCCUGAUGUGAUGGAGAAGCUCAGACAGCUCAAAGACUUUGGAUUUCAGGUCAUGUUUGGGGUCUACAAACAACAAGAAAAGAGCCGGCUGCAGGGAGGUAUCCUGUUGGGUGAAAUAGUGAAGAAUCUUUCCAAGAUGGCUGUCCCUGAUCCAAAACAGCGACUCAAACUGAUGAUGCUGUCAGCGCAUGAUACUACUGUAGCUGCUCUUCAGGCCAGUUUGAAUGUGUUCAAUGGAAGACAGCCACCAUACGCCUCCUGUCAGAUAAUUGAGCUGUACAGGGACGACAACGGCUCUGUUUCCGUGUCCAUGUUUUAUCGGAAUGACAGCAAAGUAGGUCCGUACCCACAGCAGUUACCAGGCUGCACCCUUGACUGCCCCCUGGAGGACUUUUUGAGAAUUACAAAGCUCUCUAUCUCGGACGACAGGGGCAAAGAGUGUCAGCUGCCCUCUGAGGGGAGAGAUAAGGAGGUGAUCAUCAGUCUGGCGGUGGCUGGCUGUCUGCUCCUGUUCCUUAUUGGCCUCCUCCUCGGGGUCAUCUGUUGGCAGAAAGAGCCAAUCGGCAACCGGGGAUACCACCAUGUGAUCAACCAAGAGGUGGGAGAGGAAUCCUGACAGCAGUACAAGCUCCUCCCGUGGAGAUCUCCGAGCCUGACGUUGUGGGACAGCAGCGAUGACGAUGAACUCUAAAACACCUGAGUGACCUUUCGGAUGAUGUCAUCAACUCUGGUUCGGGACCCACAAUGUUUUUUUUUUUUUUUUUUUAAGCAGGAAAUUUCUGUCCAAAAUGGGAAGAAUUUAAGAAACAUUUUAAAUUAAGAUUUUAGAGCGGGAACAGAUUUAAAAACUUGCUCUAAACUAACAUGAUUAGUGACGAGUGAGAAAGCGCUGGAGGGACCAAGAACACAGCAGGGAAAACGUGUUUUUUUUAAUCUAACAGCUUAUCAUGUAAAGUAACCCCUGUGUUCCCUACAUGGUCUGAUCUCCUGUCAGCCAUAUCGGGUCAAGAUUUCAGCAAAUAUGACCCAGAUUUCUGCUGGGAAGGACACUGUUCACUGUUCAGCACGGGCUUUUUAAACUGUGUUUUGGGACAUUAUUGGCUUGAGACGGGUCUAGAAAGUCAAAGCAGAAAUUGUUACAGAGUUCUGAUUUUAAAUUAUAUGAUAAUGGUCUGGAAUGGUGAGUUCUUGGUAAAGUGACUGCAAAUUCUGAGAAAAACAAAUUUUUCAUAAUGUUUUUCUCCCAGCAGGUCUGAUUUUCCUUAAAAAAUGUAGCUCAAAAAUGUACCUGAUUUCACAAGACUUAAGUUGUCACCUUAAUUAAAAUUAGCUAAAGAUGUUAUGUCCAGAAUGUUUCCAGACCUGGCCUGUUUCUAUUGGUUUUUAAUGUGCAAGAUCACAUUUGUUUUUUAUGUGUGUGUAUUUGUGAAUUCAUGUGUAAUGUCUCUAGAUGUGCACAGAUGUUCUCAUGAAUCUGCAUAUCGGUGUGUGUUGUGGUGUGUUAACUCUGAGGCCUGAUGACCGAGGUGCCUUACAUAUUUUUGAUAACCAGUUGUUUUGUUUUUUUUCUGAUGUAAGUUUUAACGUCAAAUUCUUCAGGUGCGUUUGGUUUUAUCACAAGAGCAGCAGGGUGGUGCUAAUCAUUAAGAAACUGUCGUACAACCAGAGAGCCUUGGCUCCAGCCUUGUGACAGAAGGCAUCCACUCCCAAGUGUCCUUUAGCAAGACACUACAACACCAGCUCAGCGGGAGCUUAGCUGAGCCUGACCUUUGACCUCCUGGUAGAGGGAAAACAAGCAAAACAGAUGACUUUAUUUCAAAUCAGUUUACUGAUAUAAAUCACCUUCUUCCAUAUAGGUACUGUUUCAGUUUGCUUCAUCCACCAUUUAAAGCAGAGUCUGUUUUUUUAAAUUGUGAAUAUCUGGAAACUCUUCCAUGUGAGUUUUUGAUUCUCUGCCUUUUUCAAAAAGUUGGCUCACAGUUAUUUGAAAAAUAAAAACCUGUUAUGUCUUUUGAACUAAAUGCAGCACAGACUGAAUGCUUUUCUUUAAGUGCGCCUUUUUUCAACAGCCUUCAGCUUAUGUGGCUGUAGAAAACAUUUUAUACAACGGGAGAUGAAGAUGUCUCUGUUUAUUUGAUUACAACACAGAAAAACUUAAUCAGUUGCAUUAUGCAACACAGCUGAGGUUAUUUGUCGUAUUGUUUGUGGUUCCACUCUCUCUUUCUUUCAGUAUGAAAUGUUUGAUCAGACUUUUGCUUGUAAAUGUUACUUUGGAAAAAUAAAUGAUCCGUCAUUGCAAGGGU